AUGGCCGUAAGAUCAAAGCGUGUAACCGAUCCUCUAACCAAAAGAGUCAAAAACCGAAUCGUCGGCCGUUACACGCCGGAAAAUGCGUACGAUAGCAGCGGCAGCGAACACAGCGCCACCGUCAGCCAGAUCGCCGAUCACUCAGAUUCAAAUUCAUCGUCUCAUUCUCUCUCUUAUCUUCUUAACCGUUUCAAUGAAGAACACGAAGAUGAAUCGGAUCAUGAAUCGGAUCAUGAAUCGGAUUCAGAUUCGGAUUCUGAAUCCGAUAGUGCGGAGGCCAAAACCGAAGAAAUUAGCUCGAAAUUACGAGAUCUGAACGUUGAUACGUUCAGAAACGCUCUUCACGCGAAUGUUGUGAAAGCUGUGAACGUUUUUCGCUGUUUAAAACCUAACGCACAGAUUCUCAACCGUAACGUGAUGUUGUAUCUUCAAAAAUUAGGUUACAACGCAGCGGUUUGCAAAACAAAGUGGUUGAGCUGUGGCGGAUUAACGGCCGGUAACUACGAGUUCAUUGACGUCGUUAGAUCUGAAUCAUCUGAUUGCAGUGUUCGUUACUUCAUUGACGUUAACUUCGCCGGAGAGUUUGACAUCGCUAGACAAACGAAUCAGUUCCGGCGGUUCACAGAAAUAUUGCCGACGGUUUUCGUCGGGAAAAGUGCGGAUUUGAAGCAGAUUGUUAAGUUAAUGAGUGAUGAAAUAAGGUGGUCACUGAAGAGUAGAGGAAUGCUUCUUCCUCCAUGGAGGAAAAACCGGUUCAUGCAGAAUAAGUGGUUCGGGCCGUACCGUCGGACAGUGAACUAUACUCCGGCUAACAUAUCUUCGUCUAUUUUAGUUCCGGUGAGCCAGACGUUAUCGGCCGUUAAGUGCAGUAUGAUCGGAUUUAACGUCGUUGACGGUGCUCCGUUACUCCACGCGGCAACCAGAUAA